AUCGCGUAGUCUCUCCACUCUUGUAUUGUAUGUACCCGUUUCCUCCCGAAAGGCCGUAACUCACAAUCCAAAGUCAUUGUUGUAGUAGGUCACGACUCGCAAGGGGGUUUGCUCUUUGCUCUGCUCUUAUUUUAGGGUUUUACACUUUCCUUUCUUCUUCCCAGAACAAUAUGAGUCGUCAUCCUGAGGUGAAGUGGGCCCAAAGGGUGGACAAGGUUUUCAUUACUGUGCUUUUGCCUGAUGCAAAGGACGCUAAGGUUAAACUUGAACCUGAUGGAGUUUUUAGUUUUUCUGCUAGUGCCGGUGCAGAGAAUCACCAUUAUGAACUGAAACUGGAUCUUUUUGAUAAGGUUAAUGUGGAGGAAAGCAAAAUAAAUGUUGGAGUGAGGAGUAUCUUCUGUAUCUUGGAGAAGGCAGAGAAAGUUUGGUGGAAGAAGCUUUUGCGUGGAGAUGGAAAGACACCCCAUUAUGUCAAAGUAGAUUGGGACAAAUGGGUGGAUGAAGACGAGGAUACUGGAUCAGGUCCGAGUGACUUGGAUUUGGGAGGGAUGGAUUUCUCGAAAUUUGGUGGCAUGGGAGGUGAUGAUGCAAUGGGUGACUUUGAUGAUAGUGACGAAGACCUAGAAUUGCCAAAGCCAGGAGAACAGGACUAUGACAAGAACGAAGCAGAAGAGAUUGGAGAUGAUCCUUCGGAAGAGAAGAAGGAAGAGAAAAAGGAAUCUGCAGGGACCACAUAAUUUCAUGUUACCGAAGCAGUCAGAGCUUGCAUGGUUAUGGAGUGAUUUUUUUCUUCUGCCUUAGUUACUAGGUGUCUGUUUUUUAUCUAACCGUGUUAAGCAAUCCUGCUCUAUCUUCGAUGUUAGCAAAAUGGUGAGUUCUGGAUUACAGAACUGGCAAUACUCAGGGUGUUGUACUUUUAGCUAUUUGUUUCAUGGAUCUGAACUAUGGGUUUUAUUCCUAGUCAUGAAGUUUACUACCUUGAAGUUUGCCGAGUUUCAGCUUUUCAUACAUAAAGUUUUUUGGGUCUCA